AUGGCUGAUCGAUAUUCGUUCUCGCUAACGACGUUUUCGCCAAAUGGCAAACUUAUUCAGAUUGAGUAUGCUCUUCAAGCUGUCAACCAGGGUGUGACCUCUGUGGGUAUCAAGGCCAAAAACGGUGUUGUUCUCGCCACCGAGAAAAAGGCGUCGUCUCAACUCAUUGACAACGACUCCUUAUCCAAGAUUUCCCAAAUCACACCCGAUAUUGGCAUGGUCUAUGCAGGCAUGGGCCCCGACUACCGUGUCCUUGUGGACAAUGCCCGCAAAGCCGUCCAUUCCAACUACAAGCAGAUCUACAACGAGUACCCUCCCACUCGCAUUCUUGUCCAGGACGUGGCCAAGAUUGUUCAGGAGGCUACUCAGAUGGGUGGUGUCAGGCCGUAUGGUGUUUCUUUGCUCGUGGCUGGCCACGACAACUCGCAAAACUUUGGCCUCUACCAGAUCGACCCCUCGGGCUCUUAUUACCCUUGGAAGGCCACUGCAAUUGGCCGCGGCUCGUCUUCUGCCAAAACCUUUUUGGAAAAGCGCUGGAGCGAGGAUCUUGAAUUAGAGGAUGCCAUUCACAUUACUUUGCUCACUCUCAAGGAGAGUAUUGAGGGCGAAAUGAAUGGUGAAAAUGUCGAAAUCGCAAUCGUUGGUGAACCGGCGGACCACUUGCUUGGCUUCGAAGGUGUCCAGGCCUCCGGACCUCGCUUCCGCACUCUGUCCGUUCAGGAAAUCCAAGACCGUGUCGACUCCCUAUAG